UGCUGGGAUUGCUCUCAGCCUUUUGUACGCGGCGAGAUGCGGCUGUCAGCCCGGCCGGCUCCCCAUCCCGGCUGGCUCCCGGACUAGCCAUGGGCAGUUUGAGCUCGCCCAUCGCCCUGCUGCUGGCCCUGUGGCUCGGCCAGCUGGCUGCGUGGCCAGCGGGGCGCCCCAAGGUGAACCCCAGGAUCGUCGCGGCUCCCCAAGGUGCCAAGGAAUAUGUGUUCCCGCGGUGGGAGAGGUUCCCGGUGUUCUUCCACCAGGAAAACACCUCCUCCAUCUACAUCGGCGGCGAGGGGAGGCUCUACUACUACGACUUUGCAACCCGCGAGAACUACACGGAAGAGUUCCCGGUGAAAAAUGAAGGGCAGUGCUUGUCGUCCGGGAAUUCGGAGGACAGCAGGAAUUACCUGACCCUGGUGGAGCAGUACGGGGACGGGCUCUUGGUGUGCGGGACCGGCGCCUGCGCUCCCACCUGCUGGAACGUGACCCAGAGGAAGGAGAGCCCACCCUGGGAUGGGAGAGGGAUCGCUCCGUUCACCCCCGACUCCAACACCCUCGUGGUGGUCGAUGGCCAGGACAUUUACUCCACCAUCAAGAAGAGCCAGCAGAACGGGAAGAUCCCUCGAUUCCGCCGCGUGAGGGGCGGGGGAGAGCUCUACACCAGCGACACGGUGAUGCAGAACCCUCAGUUUGUCAAGGCCACCACGCUGAGGCACGAGGAGCCUCACCAGGACAAUUAUUAUUUCUUCCGCGAGGACAACCCCGACAAGAGCCCCGAGGCUCCCCGGAACAUCUCGAGGGUGGCCCAGCUGUGUAAGGAGGACAAGGGAGGCACCAGCUCCCUCUCAGCCUCCAAGUGGACAACAUUCCUCAAGGCCACCCUGAUCUGCGUGGAUCCUGUCACCAAGGGCAACUUCAACUGGCUGCAGGAUGUCUUCAUCGUCCCUGCGGCCGACUGGCGCCGCUCCAAGGUCUACGGGCUCUUCACCAACACCUGGGGGAGCUCUGCCGUGUGUGUUUAUUCCUUCGGGGACAUCGACGGCGUGUUCCGCACAUCGCGGCUCAAGGGCUACAGCGGCCCCACCCCGGAGGUCAAACCGGGCCAGUGCGUCCCCUCCGGCCAGCACACGCCCAGCGAGACGUUCAAGAUCGCGGACAGCCACCCCGAGGUGGAGGAGCGGGUGGAGCCGCUCCGGCCGUCCCGCAGCCCUCUGUUCCACAACAAACACCGCUACCAGAAAAUCGGCGUGCACCAGGUGGCUGCGGGCGACGGGCGGAGCUACAACGUGCUCUACCUGGCCACAGACAAGGGGUCCAUCCACAAGGUGGUGGAGCUGCCGGACGGGGUGCAGAACAUCAUGGAGAUCCAGGUGUUCCCUGACAAGGAUCCCAUCCAGUCCAUGAUCCUGGACCAUGCCAGGGCCGUGCUCUACGUGGGCUCCAGCAGCCGCGUCCUGGAGCUGCCCAUGGACAUGUGUGGGGCUUACCGCAACAACUGCCACAGCUGCGUGCUGGCCAGAGACCCCUACUGCGGCUGGGCCAACGGCUCCUGCCUCUCGCUGGCCCUGGGCCGGGAGGUGCUCCAGAACCUGAACCUGGGCUCGUGGCAAGGAAACUGCCAGAGGGGCGAUGUCAAGGAAGGUGACUUCAGGAACAUCUCGGUCGUGCCCUUCUCCCGCUAUUACCUCAACUGCUCCAUCGAGUCUCACUACGCCACCUACAACUGGUACCACGAGGACGCGCUGGUCAAGAGCUGCAACACGUCCCACCCUCAGCGCGACUGCUUCCACUUCAUCCCCAGCGUGCGGCGCGAGCACUACGGCCACUACGUGUGCGUGUCCGAGGAGGACGGGUUCCGCCAGGCGCUGGUCAAGGAGCGCCUGCUGGACCGCCAACGCUUCUUGUGGCAUCGCGACCGCGCUCCGGCCGUGCCAGAGCCGUGCUGGUUCCUUCUCCUGCUGCUGGUGAUGAUCCUGGUUGAGCUUUUCCACUGAUGCUGCCCCGCUCGCCCUGCCGCGGUUUCUCCUUCGCUGCUGGAAGAGCCUCGGAGGGAGAGGGUGGCACGUGGUGGCCGCGGUGUGGCUCACACCGCUGUGCAUGCGCUGGUCCUCAGGGCGCGGCCGCUCCUUGCAUGUGAUGGAGAUGAGGAGGAGGAGGAGGAAGAUCCCCGCGGGAUCCCCGGAGAUUUUGGUGGAUGAUGUCGGGGCCUGCUCCGGAGGGGCUCGGUUCGGUUUUUUAUAUUUGGUGUGGGAGGGAGGUCGGGAAUCGGCGCCGCGUUGGGAAUUUGCAUGGAAAAACCUCCUCGAACUGGAUUUGGGGUGUGGGGAUGGGAAGGGAAGGUGGGAGCAAAGCCCGGAGCGCAGAGGGAGGAGCUGGAGACGCACAAAUCCUCUGCCGGGGGCAGCGGGGCCGAACCGCUGCCACCCUGCCCUGGUGGCCUCAGGGAAAGCGGAUCUCAGGGCACCGGGGGAGCUGUCCCUGUCCCUGUCCCUGUCCCUGUCCCUGUCCCUGUCCCUGUCCCUGUCCCUGUCCCUGUCCCCCGCCUUUUCGGAGCUCUGGGAGCGAGACUAAACUGUGAAAAUCGGGAUUUUCUCCCUGCAAAACGGGAGGGGUCCCGCUCCUCGCCCCAACCUCGCCCAGCCCGGAAUGGCCCGACCACGGGCGGGGACACCCAGGGGACACCCAGGGGACACCCUGGCAGUGCUUCCAAUGCUCCUGCUCGCCCAGGAGAGCCCGAGGGGCCUCGUCCACACCGCAGGGACAGCGCUUCCUACUGCACUACAUCCCCGAGACGUUCCCCAUCCCCACGGAGGACUGAGCUUCUUACACCCCUUCUCAAAGCACUUUAACUUUGUGGACUAACAGAUAUUUAUUGUGUCGACUGCUCGUGACUGUCUCAUAGGAUUUUAUAAUAUUACAGCAGGCGGGGGUGGAUUACAGGAGAGGAAAAUUUAAAAUGAAAUAAAAAAACCACCACAACAGCUACCAAAAAAAAAAAAAAAAAAAGCAACAACAAACCCCUCAACCCUUUCAGACCUGUAACCAAAGCGGAUCGUUGGAAUAAAGAGUGGAAAAAAAGCA